AUGAUGGAAGAAGUGGAGGAGGAUGAUGAGAAGACCAUCAUGUUCCAAUCCUCCAUGAAGAAGACAGGCGUGAACGAGAGGUGGGAGGAGCUGGAAAGCGACGAGUUCUCCAUGUGUCCAGCCCCUCCUCCUCGUUUUACCGCAGCAGACGCCCACUGUGGCCGCGUGCGUACGACGCGCUAUGCUGUGCAGAGGUGUUGCACUCGGGAUGAGUUGGAAUUUCAGGGUAUCUGUCUGUCGCCGCCGUCAGUUGCAAUCACUUGUGCCGCGAGGUGCUUCGGCGGGCUCAAGAAGUGGUCUACGCCUAGGAUCAAGGAUGUAAGCAGGUUGGACGAUGAGUGCGACGAUAACACCUGUGCUUUGAACGCUCUGCAAAUGCGACAGAGCUUGUUGCAAGGAACUGCGGUCUUGGAUGAAGUGCUUGGGGCUUUCAAAAGCGAACGUGGCCUACUCCUCCGAGAGACCCAUGAUCUCGCAGAAUUUAGUCCGUGGCCCGAGUCAGCUUCUGCACUCAGAUGGGACUUGCCACCAGCCUUGUACGCCGUGCGGCAGGAGACAGAGGUUGCCGGCUUGGUUUUGCAGCCAAAGAUGGAAGUGGAGUGUGCCUACCCUGUCAACAGCAAUUCCAACUUUCGGCAGGAUGCGCAUGGCGAGAGGAACAGUUGUGGACGGAUUACCACCGCGGCAGGAGGAAGCAACGCGAUCAGCAUGAGCGGUGCUUGUAGCUAUGCCUCACCGAAAGACUAUGCUCAGGCAUACUUGAACAUGCCUCAGCACAAGUUACAGUUCGAUGAUGAGAGCUGGUGGGACCUGAAUUCGGGAACUUGCCAUUUCAGCACUGUCUCAGAGGCCCUGGCGGCACAAAAAGCUUUGUGGCCGUUGGAGUCUGACGUCUAUAUGUCAAGCCGAACGGUUCAUGUGAGCUUCAUGUCAGUGUCUUUGCCGUUCAAAGCAUUUUGGCUAGAGCCCAUCCGUUGUCCCACAAGUUUAGAGUUCAGAGGGCUAGACACCCUGCGUACACUUCUCAUGAUGCAGCCGCUUCCCUUGUCGGUGCUGGUCCUCGCAUCAACCUUCCUCGGAUGCACCGGAACUACGGUGCAUGUGUCUGCUAGCGGUGAGGUUUCUGGCGUGCCAGCUGGCAACCAGUCCGCCCUCGCAGCUUUGAUGGAGCGCUUAUCAGCAGGCCGGACCAUGGUGAGACGUGAGGAAGGGCCGAAGCAAGCUGUGGCAUCAUUGAUUGCCUCGGGCGAAGGAGUCGGCCUCUUCUACUUCUUAUGCUUCAAGAACGAAGGUCCCCAUCGGGUCAAUGCUCACGAAGGCGGUUGGAAGAACCCAGAGCAGUGCAGAGACGUUACACAAGGAAAGGCCAGGUUGGAAGGGGGCGAUGCCAAAUGGGUGGCCUUUGGCCUGGAAUGGCCGGAGGGGCAGGCUACCGCCGGUCAGGCCCAGUGCAUGCCUAUCUACACCGAGCAACGUGUCAGCCAACUGGCUAAACUGGAACAUGCUCCAGAGUCUGAGUGCCGGAAAGAGUCGUGGACGAGCCAUGGACACAACACUCCUCUCGGAGGCAGAGCGGGUGGAGAUGAGAGAAUGUCUGUACGCAGACCACCGCCUGUUAGCAGCCUUUGCGAGACGAAAAGCUGGCCGUACAGCGUUCCACGCCUGACCUGGACCCUGAGCGUGAUUGUAGGGGACGCGGUAGCCGAGCCUUGCAUCACACCGCGCGACUUGGAAGGCUGCAAGAUGAUCCAAUUCAUCCUCCUCAUCAGUCGACAAGGGAAGACACGGCUCAAGAAGUGGUUUGUGCCCUGUGCAGAGCGCGAUCAGUUUAGGACCAUCAAGGAGGUGAGCAGUCUAAUUCUCAACAGAUCUCCAAAGGUCUGCAACUUCUUGGAGUGGCGGGACUACAAGCUAUGCUACAAGCGCUACGCCAGCCUCUUCUUCAUUGCGUGUGUGGAGAACACGGACAACGAGCUCCUUGCUCUUGAAACCGUCCAUCACUUCGUAGAGUGCCUUGACCGGUACUUCGGCAAUGUCUGUGAGCUGGACCUCAUCUUCAACUUUCACAAGGCGUACUAUAUUCUGGACGAGAUCCUGAUCAGCGGAGAGCUUCAGGAGUCGAGCAAGAGGGCAGUGCUCCACCACAUAUCCGAGCAGGACGCCAUGAUGCAAGAGAACGAGCAGGCCAAGCGAAAAGGCUGA